UUCACCACCUUGUCCUUGCUGUGCUGCGCAGUGUCUGCUCUGCUUCCUUCCUCUGCACCCAAUCCCCUGUUCUCUUCCUCCUUCGCGCGCAGCAUAAACUCUCUCUCCCUCUCUCUCUCUCUGUGUCAUACCCACAAACACAUCCUACGCACAGUCUCUGCUUUCUGCGCUUUCCAUGGCGACCCUCCAAGACAUAGGCGUCUCGGCACUCAUAAACAUCCUGACCGCCUUCGCCUUCCUGCUGGCCUUCGCCCUGCUCCGCCUCCAGCCCGUCAACGACCGCGUCUACUUCGCCAAAUGGUACCUCGACCGCGCCAGGACCAGCCCCCGGAGCUCCGCCCACUUCGUCGGCAAGUUCGUCAAUCUCAACCCCCGGACCUACCUCACUUUCCUGAACUGGAUGCCUCAGGCCUUGAAGAUGAGCGAGGACGAGAUCGUUCGCCACGCGGGGCUCGACUCUGCCGUUUUUCUCAGAACUUACACUCUUGGCUUAAAGAUUUUUGUGCCGAUCACAAUCAUUGCGCUUCUCGUUCUCAUUCCAGUCAAUGUAUCAAAUGGAACAUUAUCCUUUUUGAAGAGAGAUUUGGUUAUGAGUGACAUUGACAAACUCUCUAUAUCAAAUGUCCGUCCUCAAUCAAUGAGGUUCUUUGUUCAUAUAGGAUUGGAGUACCUGUUCACCAUAUGGACUUGUCUCAUGCUUUACAAAGAAUAUGACAAUGUAGCAUCAAUGAGGCUUCGUUUCCUGGCCUCACAGGGAAGACGUGUUGAGCAGUUCACUGUAGUGGUUCAAAAUGUGCCUCAUGUUCCUCGCCAGUCAAUACCAGAUACAGUCGACCAUUUCUUUCGAACUAACCACCCAGAGCACUAUCUUUGUCACCAAGAAGUGUACAAUGCCAACGAAUUUGCUAAACUUGUGAAAAAGAGGGACAGUCUUCAGAAUUGGCUAGACUAUAAUCAGCUCAAAUUUGAAAGGCAUCCAGAGAAGAGACCAACUAAAAGGGUAGUGCUUGUAAACUAG